CAUGCGCGAACCAUAAUCGAGACGAUCAACAUCAUGGCGAAACCUCAAUUUCUGUCUGGCGACAAAAGCGCCAUAGACGAGUUCCUGGACAGAUUCGAUGUCUUCCUCUUCGACUGCGAUGGCGUCCUCUGGUCCGGCGAUCACCUAUACGAGAAGGUCCCAGAGACUCUCGAAAUGCUGAGGAGUAAAGGCAAACAACUCGUCUUUGUCACGAACAACAGCACCAAGUCGCGCGCAGACUACAAGAAGAAGUUCGAAAAACUUGGUAUCCCCGCCCAGGUGGAAGAAGUCUUCGGAUCAUCUUACAGCGCUGCCGUAUACAUUGCUCGCAUCCUCAAGCUUCCCGCGCCGAAGAACAAGGUGUUCGUGCUAGGAGAGUCCGGCGUAGAACAGGAGCUCGACGCUGAAGGUGUCCCAUACAUUGGUGGUACAGACCCUGCAUACCGGCGCGAAUUCCGGCAGCCAGAGGACUUCGAGGCUAUUGCAAACGGCAGUCUGCUCGAUCCAGAUGUUGGCGUCGUGCUGAGUGGUCUGGACUUCCACUCCAACUACUUGAAGACGGCAAUCGCGUUCCAGUACCUACAGCGUGGCGCAGUAUAUCUCGCGACAAAUAUUGAUAGCACGCUGCCGAAUGCGCAUUCCCUGUUCCCCGGUGCUGGCGCAUCAGGUGCUGCGCUUGAGCGAGCGAUCGGUAGGGCGCCAUUGUCGCUGGGCAAGCCGAGUCAGGCCAUGAUGGACGCGAUAGAAGGCAAGUUCAAGUUCGACCGCAGCAGAACAUGCAUGGUGGGCGAUAGAUUGAACACAGAUAUCCAAUUCGGUAUCGAUGGAAAGCUGGGCGGAACUCUGGCUGUGCUCACUGGCGUCAGCAAGAAAGAGGAUUUUCUGGCUGAGGGUGCGACGACUGUUCCGAUGGCUUAUGUGAACGCGCUGGGUGACCUCAUGGGCUGAGCAAUAAUGUGGUUCGCGCAAGGCUGUACCUAGAGACAGGGUUGCAAGGCCAUAGAUAGGGUUUGGUAUAGAAUACAGGGAAACGAUGCUAAGACUCGCGUGCCUCUGAACCGCUGGGUCUGGGAUUAUGGCAAGCGGUGAUGACCCAAUCAGACACGCGGACAGCGCGUGCGCUAUAUGUGGCUAGCGUGCUUCACGCGUGCACGCGAACGCGCCUGCCACUUUAAC